UUGAUUGCUGAAGGCAUUUCACUAAGUCUUUUAUGUUCAGGACACAAACGUGUCACUUACUUUCGCUUUUUACAGGAGGCAAUUCAUCUUGGUGUUUAUAUACUGGAUAAGUGCUUGGAUUCUUUUUAUAUUGCAAAAAACACUCUGGCGGAUGUCUGCGCGGUUUCGAUGGUACUUGGAACAAAAAUGGAGGAGUACGAUUCUCUUCGACCAGGUAAUGUGGAUGGAUUAUGUGAUGCCACCGCAGACAAAGCACGUCUGUGUGAUAUUGAAAAACGUAUAGUCCACGAAAUGAAAAAUGGAUUGUGUUUUCCAACUCCCCUUCUUUUUGCUCAUUACAUGCUUGCGGAGUUGGGUUGCGAUGAUGAGCAAAUUCGCUUCGCACAAUACUUGCUAGAACUGGCGCUACUGGAUUCACAGUUUCGCGAUGAGGGAGGACCGAGGGUGGCUCAUGCUGCUGUGUGCAUGGCUUUUGCUAUAGCUAAGCAACGUGAUUCUAUUUUCGUAUCUGAGUGUGACACUCUAGUAGAAGCGGAAGAAAAGCUUUUUUAUCUAACGAAGCUCUCAAAAGGAAGUACUCGUGAUGUUAUGCGUAAAUUGGUGCAUGAGAUGGAUCGAGUAUGUCUAGUUUAG